AAAAUGGCGGACCAUGGACACAAUUAACAGGUAAAAUCACUUCAAAAUUUCAAGAGAACUUUUUACCUACAUAUAGAAUUGGCUACACAAUUACAUAGGCUCACUUAGAAAUGAUUCAAUUUACACAAAAGUUUACCUGUACUAAUAUUCAACGUGUGAAGUACGUCACUCGUAAUUGAGCACACAGGAGUUGAUGACGUAUUUCACAAGUAGGAUUACAGAAAAACAAAAUUGGGCUACAUAAAUGUCUUCUACUGCUGCUUCGACGGGAUACAGUGAUCCUGUUCCCCUUGAUCAGAUACCUAAUGAUGGAGAGGAUAAUAGAUGUCGCCUCUGGAUAGGCAAUAUGGAUCAACGAAUCACUGAAUUAGCAAUGUUAAAAAUACUACAGAAGCAUGGAGAUGUGAAGAAAUUCGACUUCCUAACCCAUAAAGGAGGUCCACAAAUAGGAAAACCUCGAGGUUAUUGCUUUGUCACAUUCAAAACUAUAGCAGAUGCCAUGAAGGUUCAAAAAGCUUUAGAUGGAAAAAUGGCGUUAUCAAGAAAAUUGGUUGUUCGCUCAGCAAAUUCUUCACAAGAGGUCCCUGAAUCAAGUUCUAGUAGUUCAACUGUAGGAAGCACAAAUGGUACUUCUUCAAAAAUCAAAGACAUUGAAGCCAAGCUGAAACUGAUGGAACACACACAGAAGGAGUUCACAAUUCUAUAUAACCCAACUGGCAGAAUAGCAGACCAGAAAUCAAACUCUCAAUCCACCAAUAAAAAUAAUCCCAAACCAUAUAACAGGAACACUUAUGGUACAAAGGAUUCUAGACCCAAAUUAAAACGGUUAUGAACUCCCUUAAUGAAUCUCAAGGAGCAGAUAAUAUUAUAUUAAUAUAUGUAAGGCUCACUCCAUAUUUUACAUGUCAAGUGAAGCAAGUGUAUUCUGUCUGCCAGAAGCAAUUUGUGUAUGAUGUCAAGUGAAGCAGUUCUUGUAUGAUGUCAAGUGAAGCAGUUUGUAUAUGAUGUCAAGUGAAGCAGUUCUUGUAUGAUGUCAAGUGAAGCAUUUUUGCAUGAUGUCAAGUGAAGCAGUUCUCAUGUGAUGCCAAGUGAAGCAUUUUUUGUAUGAUUCCAAGUGAAGUAAUUUGUGUAUGACAUCAAGUGAAGCAAUAUGUGUAUGAUGUCAAGUGAAGCAGUUCUUGUAUGAUGUCAAGUG